AGUUACGAGUCCUGGAUGUCCUUGAGGCUUCAAGGUUUGAAAGAUUUCAGCAAGAUCCGAAGAUGGCCGCGGUGUGUGAUGUGAAUGACCCGACUGUGCCAUCGGCUCCACUUCCAACUAUCAGAGUCACUUCCCCAGACGUGGAAGAAAUCUUCCGGAAGUUUGACACCGACCAUGACGGGUACAUCAGUACGGCUGAGCUGGAGGACGCUCUUUGGGAUCUUGAUGCCGUACCGACGGAAGGGCUGAUUAAGGCGAUCAUGGAUCAGUACUCCAGACACGGUAACAACAGACUGGACCUGGUAGAGUUUGACACUUUAGUUGCAGACUUCAAAAGCAUCGGAAAUGUCGAUCCAGAGACACUGCUAAAAACCUUCAACAAAAUGGAUAAGGACGGAAGUGGGUUUAUAGAUCUUGAGGAGCUGAGGCAGGGACUUCAGGAGUACUUCCGUGAGGAGCCUGUUACAGAAGACAUCGUGCAGACCAUCAUGGACACCGUGGACAAGAACAAGGACGGGAAGAUCAGCAUUGUAGAGUUUGUAAAUUUCCUAAACGUUACAGUAUAGACUAUUAAAUA